AUGCAUCAACUACGAGCUUUAAUUAUCGGAAAUAGUGAUUAUACGGAAAGUCCCUUGCCCCACUGCGUUUCUGAUGCAGCCGCAUUCUCUAGAGCUCUUCAAGAAGUGACUGGUUGUGAGACACAUGUUUCGAAAAAUUUAAAAGCAGAUAUGUAUGGUGAAGUCAACAAGUUCCUAAACUCAAUUCAACAAAAUGAUUUCGUUGUAUUUUACUUCUCUGGUUAUGCUGCCCGAUGGCGACAGCAGAUUGUACUUCUAUCGUGUGAGAACAACAGGAUUAGAUCCGAAAAUUUUAUAAAUAUAACUCAUUAUGGGAUCGACGCUCAAGCGCUUUUGGAUGACAUGGCUCGAAAGACGACACACUUUGUUUUAUUUCUAUUUGACUGCUAUCAAGUGCUCUUAGAGCCAAGUGUAGUAGCAACUGGUACACCAAGUAAUCGGUCGGCUGAUGGUUCAAACACAAUACAAGCUCCUAAAAAUACGAUAAUUGGAUUUGUGUGCGCAAGUAGCAAACCUUCAUCUGGGUUUAUGGGAAAUGGAUUGUUCACGACCCGUUUAUUAAAGCAUAUCAAAAAUCCAAAAUUUGACGUUGUAAGCAUGUUAAAGGAAGUUCAUCAGGAUUUAAUUCAGGAAACAAACAAUACCCAACAAGUGAUCAUAUUAAGUUCUUUCAAAACUCAAGUCCUUUUACCAAGAAAAGCGGUCACCAGUCCAGCAUUACAGGCAUCAACUGAAAAGCAAUACAACAUACCGCCUGCGAAUGUUCCACCUAACAACAAACAAAAUGUUCCACAGCCGGCUGUUCAUAACGUUGCAGCAAAAGAUAAAGGUACACUUACGAGGAAUACAAACACUAUAGUUUCAUCACCAUCGGAAAGUGAUUCGAGCGGUCAUGUCAUUGAAAGGAAAGCAAUUGGCAUUACCGGCAAAUUGGGCCAAGGCUAUGAUGCAUUAUCUGAUAGAGUGGAUGAUUCUCUCUACCAUAAUAAAGGUGAUAGGUCGAUUCAUCUAGUCGAAUAUCUCUCGAAGAUAAAAUUUGAGAAUAUACUUAUACAGCGUCUUUUUUUUGGUACAAUUUAUCCAUCGGGUAUUAGUUGCUUGAUCAGUUAUGAGCGACCAGUUAACGAGAAUACCUGGUUUCUGUAUUAUUCACACACGUUUGGAACGCAAAAAUCAACAUUAACUAGUGUGAAUUCGGUACAAACAGGAACGCAUCCUAACAAAAAUUUCAGAGGUGCAACCCAUAUAAUUACUGAAAUACAAUAUGGUAUUGAAGUAUUAUGUGUUAUACAAGUUCCAAAAGAUAGAUCUUGUGAAAACAUUGAUAUAUUACUGAGGAAUAUUUCAGAACAAUUAAAAGAUAAACAAGGGAAAGUGAAUUUGAAUGCCGAUGAGCAAAGUAGAAUCAGGCAAUUGGGAAAUAUCAGGAUCUAUGGUGCUGCUCGUUAUAUUUUCAAUCGGGAUGUGAGUUUGAGCUACGUUCUUUCUUCACUACCCCAAUGGCAAACAGAUCCAACGUAUUAUCAUCCGCUUGUAUAUAAGAUGAUUUCUUUGCACUAUCAUUCGCGCGAUCAGAAAUACAUAGAAAUUAGCUUAAUUAACAAUGAUACAAACUCUGUUAUGGAAAGAUUGCUGUCAUCUAUUACAGAUAUGCAUCGUUUAGUGGGAAACACCGACAAACUAUUGGAUACAUCCCUAGAGAAUGUUCCAAAUUUAACGAUCAAACAUCAAUGGAUAUGCUUUCGCACAGAGUUUAACGAGCUUUCGUCAGCGUACCGGCAGCUCUGUAAACACUUCCAACAAACACUGCGCAAAUUAGGUAACAAUCCUUCUGAUACAGAAGAAAUUGAUAGAAUUCUCUCUAACAACGAAUGGUUAUCAUUGCAGAAUAACUUCCAUAAAUUGCAAGCAUCGAUUAAAAAAUGUCUGUCUAAAAUAGAAUUCAUUGAAAUGUUAAAAAAAGAUCAAAUUGAAUAUCAAGAGGUAUCGGAAAUCAUCAAGUCAACCCAUAGACAAAGCUCAUUUCCCGAGCUGCACACCGCGCUUCAACUGUAUUUAAAAAAAUCUCGUCAAUCCUUAGUGCUCAUGUAUUCCAGUGAUCAAUUAAGACAACAGCGAGCAGAUGACUGGGAACGAAUGUACAAGCAAUUUAAAUUGGAAAGACAAAACAGAGCAGAAAAAUACUCGCUGAUCUAUGUAGAUUUUACUCAGUACGAACAUUUAUUAACAAACUUCGAUAUAAUCCGACCGGUAGAAGAUAAACCACCAGCGUCUUCGUCUAAGAAGCCAUCAACAGAGCUAAACGUCUUGCUUAUCGGUGAAACCGGUGUUGGCAAAUCAACAUUUAUUAAUGCUUUUGUCAAUUACCUAAAGUUCGACAAUAUACAUGAGGCCGAACAAGGCGAACCGGCGGUCGUAAUUCCCGUUUCAUUUCCUAUCGCUACUGGCGAUGAAUUUAAAGAAGUGACUAUUCAAUUCGGUGUUGCAGAUUCAAAUGAAAACCACCAAAAUAAAGGACAAUCAGUUACCCAACAUUGUCGAUCUUACAUUAUAAACCUUAACGAAGAAGUAAAGAUACGUUUAAUCGAUUCACCAGGUAUUGGCGACACGCGAGGUUUUAACCAAGAUCAAAUUAGUAUGGAUCAUAUUUUUACCUAUAUCAAUCAACUAACACAUUUGAAUGCAGUUUGUUUACUACUCAAACCUACUGUUUCAAAACUAGAUGUAUUCUUUCGAUCAUGUGUUCGACAACUUCUGACUUACCUAACUCCAAAGGGUCAUCCAAAUAUUAUCUUCUGUUUUACAAAUUCACGAUCAACAUUCUACGGUCCAGGUAGCACUGGCUCUGCCUUGAAACGAUUGUUAAAAGAAGAAGGGUUGCAGCAAACCAUUUUGUUUGAGAAAAGCAAUGUAUUCUGUUUCGAUGAUGAAACAUUUCGAUACUUAGCAGCCAGAAAAUGCAAGGUGGAUUUCGAUGAUUUUGUUCGAGAUGAAGCUAUUUUGAGUUGGACAAAGUCGGUGACUGAAUCUAUACAAUUCGUCAAAUUUAUUCGAACACUUAAACCAUAUAAACUCGAUGAACAUCAAUCAUUGAGAAAAGUAGCUCUUGACGUGGCGAUGCUGAGUCGGCCUUUGAUGGAAUUAUUGCGUGUAAUGUUAUAUCAUUGGAAACUGAUUAAGUAUGGAAGAAGAGAGAAAACCAUAAUAAUACAGCCCAGCGCCGUCGAUAUUGAAAUUUGCUCUAACUGUGCGGAUAGAAUUCGUACAACAAUCGCAUCAUUUAAUAUAGUUCAAUACAAAUCAACCAAAAGUAGAGCGCAAGCAACGUGCCACUGUCCGUGUAAUGAAAAACAUUUUUUAAUUGAAUAUACUGUUAUCCAUGAAUUGAAGCCACAAUCACUUAUGUAUAGCAGUGAACAAUUAAAGGGCUCUCUUGAGAAAUUGUUAUUCAAGUAUGACAGACUUACUUAUUUUCUGCAACGAAACGGAUUCACUAACAAAAAUGACUUGUUUUCAUCUAUAUGGGAACAAUUCCUAGAUGGAGAGAACCACAUUUAUGAAGAACUGCAAUCUCUAACAGUAAGACGUGACAAAAAUAAUAAAGAAUUAGUUCGGUGCAACGAAAAUUUAACUCUUGAUGACGCUGUCGAACUUGCUCACGAGUUAAAAUCAGAAAAUGGAAUUGACCGACAAAUCGAAUGUAUCAAGACAAGUCGUCGAUUGUUAAUGGAGAAGACAGUCAGUCACAUAAACACUCCCAUAAGUAACAACAACGUUUUUGCAACACUUACGAGUUUCCAACCGUAG